UAUUCCAAAGAGCGUAAACAUGGCCUCGCGGUAUAAUCACGCUACUCAGCGAGUUUUAGCAAAAUUAGAAGCAUCCAUAAAUUCGGAAAAUUAUUAUGAAGCUCAUCAAAUGUAUAGAACUUUAUACUUCAGAUAUCUUGGGCAGAAAAAGUAUUCGGAACUUUUGGAUUUACUAUACAAUGGUUCAACUGUUUUAUUACAGCAUGAACAACAUGCAAGUGGAGCUGAUGUAGGAAUUUUAUUUGUAAAUGUUUUAACGCAAUCAGGAACAGAACCUUCUCAAGAUUAUUUUGAAAAAAUUACAAACUUGUUCAGUAUAAUGAGUUCCUUAUCACCUGAAAGAGAUGUAUUUGUACAAUAUGCUCUUCGAUGGAGUAUAAAAGGUACAGAAUAUAAAAUAGGUCACCCAGAUUUACAUCAGAAGAUAGCACAAGUAUUUUGGAGAGAAAAAAAUUAUGUAAUGGCAAGGCAACAUUUCAUAUAUAGUAGAGAUGGUUCUGGAUGUGCUGCAAUGCUUGUUGAACUUCAUGAACAACGUGGUUAUAAGAAUGAAACAGAUCUUUUUAUAGCACAGGCAGUUUUGCAAUACCUCUGUUUACAAAAUAAAACAACUGCACAGGAAGUUUUCAAUUCUUAUACUUCACAACAUCCAAAAAUAAACAGUGGUCCACCAUAUCUUCUUCCUUUACUGAAUUUUCUAUUUUUUUUACUAAAAACAGUUGAUAGUGGUAAACUCGCUGUGUUUACAGUACUUUGUGAACAAUAUCAAAUAUCUUUAAAUAGAGAUCCAUGUUAUCGACAGUACUUAGAUAAAAUAGGGCAAUUAUUUUUUAAUGUUCCAUCUCCGCGGCCUCGUAAUCAAGGAUUAGUUGGUACACUUUUACAAUCUUUUUUUAAUGGUCUUGAAGAUGAAGGUUCAGAUGAUGAACAAAGAAAUACAGCUUCAACUUCGCAAACAGCACAAGAACUUGACUGAUUAAAAGUUACAUGAACAUGAACUUUUACAUAUAUACAUAUAUAUGUACGUGUAUGUGUGU